GAUUCUCAUUUUCAAAGCUCUGGUAAGUUCUCCAGAAUCUAAAAACAUCUAUUUUUCCGGUUUCUUACGACAUUUUGUAGAAAAAUUCAACAAAUAUGGUAAUAAAACUUUUUAAAAUAUUUUUUUCAGAAACACAAAAAAUUCUAGCUUGAUAAAUAAUGAAUAUAUAGUACUAUCAAUCUAUAGUAUCGCGAUCCAAAUACAAUAUAUAUUGAACGUUUAGCAGGCGCCUAAGAAGUGUUAUUAAAAGUCAACCAUACCUUCAUUGGACAUUAUAAUAAAAACUGGGAUUUGAUCCCUUCGCUCACUGUUUUAGUAAUAGCUAUUAUGUAGGAAAGUUGUGAAAGAAAAUAAUUCAGAAUUACAGCAGUAGCUUCGUCACAAAUAAAAUAUAUAAUUCACAUGCGGGUAUUGUAUUUCAUAUUGAAUCCGCGAUUUAUUAAAGGGUAUAAAAAAUGUGUUUAAUUGUUUUGAAAAUUGGGUUUCAUAUUCUUUUGAAUAUUUAUUGUGUAUGAACUUAAUGAGAAAACUAUAAAUAAUUAUGAAAUUAGCGACAGUUGGUAUCUCAUGUUCCAAUCUCAUGUAUACAGUGCUACCAACAUCUGCAUGCGAAUUGCCGGCUUUCAUGGCAUUCGCCAUUUAUUUCUCAUCAUCACUUUGCAACAGUUUUGUGCGGCAUUUUUGCAUUUUCUGAAUAGGUGUUCUAGAAGAGAGGUGGAAAGGGAAGAAAGAAGAAUUACAAAUUGCGCUUCUUCGUGAAUAAAAAGGUUGCGGCGUAACGACUGUACCCAUUGUAUGUGCAGUGAAAUUUCAUAAAAAGCGGAAAAGUCUUAAAUUAAUUAAACCAACUAAUUGUCGAUAUGUCCAGUCUGCCGAGCAAAAAAGCUAAAUUGUCUAAUGAUGGUGAUGGCAACGCGACGACUGCAAACGCACCUAAUGAGGAAGAGUCUGAGGCUUUGGAAUUAAUUGAUGCAUGUCAAAAUGAGAUUGACGCACUUAAUGAAAAGGCUAGCGAGGAAAUACUCAAAGUGGAGCAGAAAUACAAUAAGUUAAGGAAGCCAUGCUACGAGAAACGUAGCGAGUUAGUGAAACGAAUUCCGAACUUCUGGGUGACAGCGUUUAUUAACCAUCCACAAGUGUCUGCCAUUUUGGAUGAAGAAGAGGAGGAAUGUCUACACGCUCUUACCAAGUUAGAAGUAGAAGAAUUCGAAGACAUAAAAUCGGGGUACCGUAUCCAUUUUUAUUUCGACGAAAAUCCUUAUUUUGAAAAUAAGGUGCUUACUAAAGAGUUCCACUUAGGAUCGGGAAACGCGGAAAACAGUGAUUGUCCAUCGUCGACAAGCACUCCCAUUCAAUGGAAGGAUGGUAAAGAUCUUAUAAGAUCAUGUAUGACAAAGCCGUAUCAACAAAAUAAGCGGAAACGACCUGCGGACUACAAGACAUUUUUCGAUUGGUUCUCAGACAACACUGAUCCUGUUAAUGACGAGAUAGCUGAAUUAAUCAAAGAUGAUCUCUGGCCGAAUCCUCUUCAGUAUUAUUUAGUACCUGAUAUUGAGGUUGAACCAGAAGAUGAUGAAGAUGAUAAUGAGGAUAAUGAAGAGGAAUUAUUUGAUGAUGAAGAUGCAGAAGGCGAGGAAGAUGAUGAAGAAGAUGAAAAGUAAAUACAGUGUUCUUUCUAAAUUGGUUUUCUAUAAAAUACCGCAAAGAUAGAUUUCUUUAAUAUUAAGAAGUGUAAUUGAAAGUGUCCAUCAGCAGAAUAUUAAUAUAUAUCCAAGUUUUUUCUCAAUUUGACUUCAACGAAUAUAACUUUUUGACAUUUCCUAAAUUAAUAAAUUAAUUAAGGGAAAUGUGAAGAAUUUGUUGUAACAUUUCCCCUUCUGUUGGAGUAUAAAAGUUUGUCACAUUAUGCAGCUUUUCACAAGACGAUAACUUCAUAAAUGAAGUUUUAUUAUCGACAUGUUAAUUUCUAUGCAUAAACACAAGGAAUUUGAAUCCAUACUAUAUUGACUGUAUGUAUUUCCCGGAGAAGAAUUAAAAAUAAAUAGUACGAAAAAAUAAAAUAGUUUUAAUAAAAUAUUUAGGUAAAGGGGCUAAUUUUAAUGUGAACUGUGCAUUAAAAUGUUUCUUUUUGUUGCCCUCUUAUUGAAUCGCACAUUAAAGGAUUAUGUAAUUUAAUCGGCACAGAGUAUAAAAACCAAUUUCAAGUACAUAAAAUGUUUAUUUUCAAGAGCCAUUUGUUUUCGGAAUGUUUUUGACACUUGUUUUAAUGUUAAAUUAGAUUUUUGUAUAAUAUUAAUUUCUUUGAUGCUGGAAACCUGCCUUCCAACGGCUUAUUUAUUUUCUACGAAGCAUUUUAUGUUAAUGGAGCUUUAAAUUGUUUUGUAUACUAUACGAAAUAUUAACUGUUGCCGGUAUACGUAUAUGGUUAAUAUCUUUUAGUGUAGCCAUCUCUUAAACUCGUCAUGCUGUCAUUGUAGAGUUACCAUAAUUUUGCUAAGAGUAGCAAAUUAAGUUGGUGACACUGGUUGUCAUUGUUAAUAAUUUUAUUCAGCGACGUUUGUGAAAAGUUCAGAUUUUCCGGAAUGGCGGCUGCUAAUAAACUUGCUCUUUUGAGCCGAUCCCUCAGUUCUACAACUCAAUUUGUAAAGCCUCCGGUUCAAGUUUUUGGUCUUGAAGGUCGCUAUGCUACAUCUCUUUAUUCAGCAGCCUCCAAAUUGAAACAGUUGGAUCAGGUGGAAAAGGAUUUGAAUGCAUUGCAAGUAGCUUUAAAGAGCAACGCUUCACUGCGUAUGGCUGUUACCAAUCCAAUUAUCAACAAAAAGCUUAUGUCAAACACACUUAAGGAGACUGCAGAUAAGCUGAAGAUGGCCCCAGCGACUGCCAACCUUUUGGGUCUUUUAGCUGAUAAUGGACGGUUGAAAAAUAUAGACACGGUUAUAAAUGCAUAUAAAACUAUUAUGGCUGCUCACCGAGGUGAAGUUGUUUGCGAAGUUAUAACUGCAAAGCCCUUGGAUUCAUCCCAGAAUAAACAGUUGGAAUCUGCUCUUAGAUCAUUCUUAAAGGGAAAUCAACAAUUGAAAAUCACGUCACGUGUGGAUCCUAGCAUUAUUGGUGGUUUAAUCGUGUCUAUUGGCGACAAAUAUGUUGAUAUGAGCAUUGCAAGCAAGGUCAAAUUAUAUACCGAUGUUAUUACUUCAUCGGCUUAAGAUAAAAGUCAAAUAGUAGCAAAUAUAUGCAAAAAAUAUGUAGGAGACAUGUUAUAUCAAUCGAGAAUAAAAGUUUAAAACCAGAAAAA